AUGGCGAAAAUGCUCGACGGCCCAGUGCCAGAAGGAGCCCGCAGCGUCUCCUGGCCCUGGUACCACCACGAACUCGAAGACGAGCUCACACCCGAUGCGAGAGAAGUCCUCGAGAAAUACAGCAAGAUCCCCAGCGAAUCAAUUGAGUCACAUAUCUACCGAAUACGCGACAAAGCAUGGGGCAUCUUCCCCUGGCCCUGCAUCGGCGAAUUCUGGUUCCUCUCCUUCGGCCUCUCCCAGCACCCGCUCUACCUCACCGUAAUCCUGCCCCGCCUGCGCGCCGGCGCCUCCCUAUUAGACGUCGGAUCCUGCCUGGGCCAAGACCUACGAAAAUGCGUAUACGACGGCGCACCGGCGGCCUCGCUCUUCGCCACGGACCUCUUCCCGGAAUACGAAGACCUUUCCUACGACCUCUGGCAAGACAGGGCGAGCAUGCCCAAAGACCACUACAUCGCCGACGACAUCCUAGCCAGCAACGACGUCUUUUCGCGGGGGAAUCUGAUGAGGGGCUUGGGACCGGGCCAGGUCGAUAUCGUCAGCAUGACCAUGUUCCUGCAUUUAUUCGACUAUAAGAACCAACUACGCGCCGCGACGCGCAUCCUGCGCCUGCUCUCGCAUAAGCCGGGCUCCCUGAUCCUCGGCUCGCAGGCGGGCAUUGUGGAAGCUAGAGAGCAGGAACUUAAGCCGCCGUUUAGUAAGACGGAGACGGGCGAGAAGCGCACCAUUUUCAGACACAGUCCGGCGAGUUUUACGAAGUUGUGGGAGGAGGCGGGCGUGGCGGCGGGUGUGCCGCUGAAGGUUAGUGCGAUUUUUCAGGUGCCGGAGAGGAAGAAGGGCGGGAGAGAGAAGAUGGUCUUGAAGAAGGGGGAGGGGGUUGGUGACGAUGUGUGGGCUUGUGCCUACGACCUGUUCGGCACUGAAGGUUUUGACGACGAUAUGGGGAACGCAAUCGUUCGAUGCGGUGGGUACGAGAAUUAG